GAAAUAAAUAUUGAAGAAAUAGAAGAUAAAUUAGCUGAAAUAUGUAGAGAUAAUGGAAAAAUGCAUUUUCGAAUGAAAGUUUGGUUUCAAGCAGAAAAUUGGAUUUGUUUAGAAAAUUCGGUUAUUGAGACAAUAAUUAAAGUAAAUAAUUUGGAAAAAGAAAAAACAUUUUUUGUUUGGCAAAAAUUAAUGCAAGCAGUAAUUGGAUGGAUGAAACAGGGAUUUGCAGAGGCUGAGAUGAAAUCAAAAUUGAAUCAGUAG